AGUCUGAAGCCGAGACAAAGGCAGUGCGAGCUUGUCUCUCUAUCCUACAACAUCCACACCCUCUCGGCAGCACUAGGCACUCUGAUAUCUACAACAAUCCAACAGCCCCCCAGUCACUCCGCACCAUCCUGUUUCUGAGUUUGUAACCAUGGAGCUGGACUUUGGACACUUCGAUGAACGGGACAAAAGCUCCCGAACCUCCAGAGGAUCCAGAAUGAACGGGCUGCCGAGCCCCACCCACAGCGCCCACUGCAGCUUCUACCGCACGCGCACCCUGCAGACCCUCAGCAACGAGAAGAAAGCCAAGAAGGUGCGCUUCUACCGCAACGGGGACCGCUACUUCAAGGGCAUCGUGUACGCUGUGGCUACUGACCGCUUCCGCACCUUCGAUGGGCUGCUGGCUGACCUGACCCGCUCCCUGUCCGACCACAUCAACCUGCCGCAGGGCGUCCGCUUCAUCUUCAGCAUCGACGGCACCACCAAGAUCGCUUCCAUGGACGAGCUGGAGGAAGGGGAGAGUUACGUGUGUGCGUCCGAGAACUACUUCAAAAAGGUUGACUACACCAGGAAUGUCAACCCCAACUGGUCGGUGAACGUCAAGGCCUCGGCCGCAACUCAGAAAGGCCUGCAGUCACUGGCCAGCGGGAAGGGCAGCGAGAUGAAGGAGAGCAAGGACUUUGUGAGGCCCAAGCUGGUGACGGUGAUGCGGAGCGGGGUGAAGCCGCGCAAGGCCGUGCGGGUGCUUCUCAACAAGAAGACGGCUCACUCCUUCGAGCAGGUCCUCACAGACAUUACAGAGGCCAUCAAGCUGGAGAGCGGAGUGGUCAAGAGGAUCUACACGCUCGAUGGCAAACAGGUGACAUGCCUUCAAGACUUCUUCGGGGAUGAUGAUGUCUUUAUUGCGUGUGGGCCAGAAAAGUUUCGUUACGCCCAAGAUGACUUUUCCCUGGACGAGAACGCACACUUUUCCCCGGGGGGAACCAAACCCAAAACACCCCAGGGGGGUUAUAACCAAGAAUGCCGAGUGAUGAAAGGAAGCACUUCGAAAGGAGGCCCAUCCUCCCAGAGAAGCUCAGCUAAGAGUCCUGGACCCACACGACGCAGCAAGUCUCCAGCUGAAUCCACCAAUGGCACCUCCAGCAGCCAGCUGUCCACCCCCAUUUCAAAGCAAUCUCCCAUCUCAACACCCACCAGCCCCGGCAGCCUUCGCAAGCACAAGGACCUGUAUCUCCCUCUCUCAUUGGAUGACUCCGACUCGCUGGGCGACUCGAUGUAAUUAAGAAACGACCUUAAGCUACUGAAGUAGAAGAAAAAGAAAAAAAAACAUAAAGUCAAGUUCCGAUCUGUCCUGCUAAUCGCAGAGAGUUCUGUGGUGCUUUAACUUUGAAAACACCAAAAUGUAGUAUAAAGCAGAUUUUCUGUGGUGCUUUAACUACACCAAAAUGAAGUAUAAAGCAGAUUUUUCUUUGUGGUUUGUCCUUGUGUGUCACACACUGAGACUGCCUGGCUACAGUAACGCUGCCUGUGAAGUAAUUAGCUGCUGAGAAUUCAUUCACAUUAAUUGGAGUUCUUCACAGGAUCCGGCUGCAGCUUUACACGUGCUGUGUGAGCCCUGAGCCGAUUCAGCUAACUCUUUCAUGUGCCAUUUAAUUCAGCUCUGAGGGGAAUCGGAGCUUCACUCAAUUUCACACUGUUAUUUAAACUUUAUUAAGAUUGAACUAGGCAGAUGUGUUAAAAAAAACAAAAAAACAACAACAUUAAUUUUGAAAGUACUUUAUAAAAUAUAAUUGCUACUUCCACUAAAAUUAUCAUUCCAUUUUCAUUUUUAUUUUGUUUUAAUUAUUCGUAGUUGUCCUUUUAAAAAUAAGAAACCUGUAUUUUGCCAAAUUAAUAAAAAAUGAAUUCUUGGCAGCAAACAUAUAAAAGGUGUAGUAGGUUGACUUGGUGAGUUUUGUUGCCAAUACUAUAUACCAUAUUCCUAUUUUUGCUUGUAUGACAUUAAAACGAAUGAAGGCACAGAUCAUAUUCUAUAUCUGGGCAACUCUUUUAUUUCUUGAAUUUAAUUUAAAAGGGCAAGGAUUUCUCUGAAGAACUCUUAAAAAAUAACUUUUAAAUGCCUGCACAGGUCGGUAACAAUGCUAUACCUGAGUCUGUCUCAUUGAAUUUCAUGCUUUCCGUUUUGGAGAUAAUGGAAUGUACCAAAUGAGAAGAGAGAGAGAGAGAGAAGAUAGACUGAAACCAGCAGGGGGAUGAAAGCUGGGAUAGUUAGGAAUGGGCAAGUUGUGUCUUCACAAAGCAAUCAGGAAAGCCACGCCAUGUUUUUAAUGACGAGUGAAAGGUGCUGUUAAAAAGACCACUGUGCUUUGAUUUCUAUUUAAAUUGGCUUUGCUGAUUAAGGCUGCCAACUUUCGUUCUACAGCAGAGAGAGGAGAAGCUGUGCUGUGGUCCUUAUUUAUAAUCAGUUAUUCAGACUUUUUAAAAAGCCUGUCUAGUUAAAUUAAAUAAUGUUUUGGAAUUCCUUAACCCUUUAUUAUACCGUUUCAACACACUGUAACAGUCUAUGAGCCCAGUAUGACAAAUAUAUUUGAUUUAUGUUGCAGAUAUAGUUGCAUAUAUAUAUAUAUAUAUAUAUAUAUAUAUAUAUAUAUAUAUAUAUAUAUAUAUAUAUAUACAGUAUAAUGUAUAUAUAUUGCUGAAAGAGACCACUUAAAAUAUAUGCCAAAGCCAACUAUAUAUGCAUUUUACAUGUAUGCAACAUAUGCCAUUUUUAUUCAUAGUAUUUUUUAAACUGUAUACGAUCAAAAAACACUUUAAAAAUACAGUAACACUUUACAUUAAGUGUUUCUAAUUACAGUGUAUUUACAUACUUGUUACUUAGUAAAUACAUGUGUACUUACACAUUACAAUGUUAUUAUGCAUAGUUACAAUGCACUUAAUGUGUAAAUGUUUUUGUAUAAUAUAACCCUACUUACAUAUAUCAUGCAAAAAGAUUUACACAAUAAUUACAUUGUAACUAUGCAUAAUAGCAUUGUAAUUAUGUAAAUACAUAUGUAUAUACUAAGUAACUACUAUGUAAAAAAACACAGUAAUUAGAGACACAAUGUAAAGUUACCAGACAUACAUUGUUUAAAUAUGCCAAUAUGUGGAGUGUGCAAAAAUAAAAGAUUCCCAGUAAAUCAGACUCAUGCCCAUUAGAUAUAAUGAGAUUAAUAUAGAGCUGAAUUAUUAUAUCAUAUUUAUUUAUUUAUUCAAAAGAAUUAAAAAAAAAACUAGUUGGGAAUUGUAUAUCCUGGAAGUACAACACAAAGGCAAUUAAGGAAUACCACAGCAUUCUCACUCGUCAAUAACCAAUUAAUUAUAAUUCAAAGUAUAGGAAUUGGAAUUGAAAUAGUAUCAAUAUGAUAAUUGUAACAAUAUUCUGAAAUCUCAGACUUCUUCCACUGUGUUUUGUUUUCUUAAUAAAUCACCAAGGCUGGGAAAAAUACCACCAGGACUGUGGAAGAUUUGAAGUGAUGGGUUAGAUUUAGAUCCAUCCCUCUGACUAGAAUGACAGGUAGAAAUCACUCUGGUUUGAUUGUUUUCCGUAUCUGCCUGGGAUUAUCAUCCUGCUGGUGUUUAAGACUCUCAUUUGCAUCAGGAACAAUGUUGAAAUGUAAGAACCGUGAAAGCAAUUGACAGCAAGCAUGAGGAAGGUUUAAUUUUAACUUCAUUGCAAAAAAUGAAUCUUCAGUCGGGGGCAUAGCUUUUAAACCAGAGCAGAAUUACUGUAAAUCCUCCAGUAAUUGAAGCAACAGGCAAACAACAAAUCAGCAUCAGUCUUUCAACUACACCUUUUAUAAUAAGCACAGGUCACUGGGAAUGAUUUAACACAGAGGGUUACUUUUUUAAGCUCUGGGGAGUCACACUUUUUAACAGCACGGUUCAGUAACUUUUGAUUUUUUUUUAUGUGAAACCUUUUUUUGUUAUAAUGUUUUUUUCUACACUUUGUAUAACUAUUUACAGGAGCAGCAAAACAGUCAUGUUCUAAUGAGAGACAGGCAGCACCAUGCAGCUCGGAGCAGCAAUGUUCCAGUGGUGCCUUUUUAUAUAAAACAAACAAAAAAUCGUGAGCACUCUGUUUUGUAUACUGCUUUUAGAUGUUUUUAUGCCUGAACUUUUGGACUAAUUACAGUAUUUGUUGUCUGUUUGGAUUUGUUUAAUACUGUUUUAUUAGGUGGGUUGGUGAUACCAGAAACCCAUGUUGUUUCACUACUCUCUUUGUGAAGUUUUAAAUGUGCAGUUCUGGGUAAGGAAGGGAAGUGUUUUACCCGCUGUGUCCUGCAAGGUAAAGCCAGGGUGCUACAGCAGUCGUAUUCUGUCAGUUGCACCUUUUUUUGUUAUGGAGUCUCUCCCCAAACCUUUUUCAAUGGAAACAGAGUACAGGUCAGGUUGAUUAUCACAUUACUAUAUUUCGAUUCCUCUAUAGCAGUGAUUCCCAACCCUGGUCCUGGGGACCCCAUGUGUCUUCUGGUUUGCAUUCCAACUGAGCUCUCAGUUACUUAACUAGACCCUUAAUUGAACUGAUCAUUUACUUAAUUAGACCUUUUUAAAUGUUUUCAGUUCCUAACAAGUUGCAGAUUUCAAGUUACUUAUAAAAUGUUAUAAGUAACUUGAUCUCUGUAACUGCUUAAGAGCUGAAAACAAUUAAAAAGGUGGUCAAACCCAUGUUACAUUAAAUUGACCAGUUUAGAUAUAAUUUUACAACUAUUUAAAACUCACACACAGGAUCUAGAAUGAACAAGACCAAUUAGAAACCAUUACAGGUCAUACUUAAAACCAGUGCUGGUCUUUGCUGGGAUUUUUAACAGGGUUGGUGCACCUAGAGAGAAACCUGAUUUAUUCAUAUGACUGAUUACUUUGCUCCCAAUGUAAUUAUUAUUGUCUGCUAUGCCACUAUGAAAUAUGAUAAUCACGCUUCCUGGGACCUGUGAUCUAUGGUACUAUCUCGUUAGUGCUUUGCUAGGUAGCUGUAUUUCAAAAUCCUGUUUAAUCCUUCUACCUGAAAUACCACCUUAAAUUAUUAUUAUUAAUAAUAAUAAUAAUAAUAAUAAUAAUAAUAAUAAUAAUAAUAAUAAUAAUACUACGUUUGAUUCUGUCUAUCGUUUGAUAAGGCAUAAACCUCUUUAACAAAGUGGUUUCUGCCUAGUCAAAUGAGAAGGGUUUUUAAUAUCUACUAUAUUUCUAAAACCCAUGUGCUGUUGUCAUGGAGAUCGCAAUUUUGAAGAUACAUGACCUUGACCACUGUUUUCAUUUAAAAAAGGGAACGGUAUCUUUUUUAGAGAGACAGGGAGAGAGCAAUGCCUGUAGGUUGCCAUGGUAAUUUAAUAAAAUCCCCACUCCUCAUAUACUAAGUCAUGGUACUUAAAGGCAGUAUUAACUGUGCUAUUUCCGUGGUAUGUGAAGUAUAUUUGCUGAAAAAAUAAGAUUGGUAUUACUAUUCAAACCAUGAGCACAUUGUCCUUCUAUCGCCCCUAUCGCCGUGGCAACAUGGCGUUUGCUGCAAUGCUAAACAUAAUCUCUAGUAUAAAAGGAAUGUCUAGGGAGUUAAUUGCACUGUAAGCUAAUUGGGGGCCAUCAGCUCAUGAUUCAGCGCCACUGAAUGUAUAAAAAAAAGACAAACAGGGUAUGGAUAAUUGCAAACUGAAAUCUCUGCUUCAGACUGCAUUAGACUUUGGAUUGGCAUACGUUGUGUUUACACCCACUUGUAGAAUGAACAUCUGUUUGAUGUCUUCUUUUAACCAGCUAACAUUAAGGAUCUGAAUAUUAUAAUGCUGUGAUCAGUGGUACUCAACUAAGGGUGGAAAACUAACAGUGUUUUAAAAUCAGAUCCCUUGAGAUUCAUCCUCUGAUACUGUGUGGGUGUGGCUGGGGUCAGAUAGCAGGGUGCCAAGGGCAGUGGUGUCACUAACAAUAUAUCAUAUUGCAUUACUGUGAAACAGCGGCCUUAUGUUGGUAAAGCUAAAGUAACACGCUCUGCAACCCUUGAUGAACAUUUCGCCAGGGUUAAAAUCUGGGAUUUAAAACCUGCCAGCUAAUGGUUUGCCAGGUUCCUUGCUCCUAUUUGAGUACCACUGACUGCUUCUUGAAUUCAACAGGACUAUCUUUUACAGCAUACAAAUGCAGUAUGAAUAAAGCAUUGGGCUGAUCCCAUACUUUGCAGGCCAUUUAUUAAGUGCGUGUCAGGCGCGUCAGGUCCAAUUUAUUUUCACACGCACAGUUAAUUUUAGACGCGCUGUUUAAAAGUAUUUUUUUUCCACAGUCAAACGGGUUUAAAAGGCCCUGCAUAUCAACAAAGCACUCACUAGGCAUCUCCAGCCCCGCCCCACCCUUUCGUUCGCUAUAGCUUUCACAUAUGCUAAUAAAUAAAUAAUAAUAAUAGUCGUACAUACCGAUCAAUCAUCUCCUGAUCACUUGUUUUAUCACCAAACGCCUCAAUAAUGCGAUCCAAAUCAUUAUUUUAUUACUAUAACAUCUCAAAAAAGCUCUGCAAAUGUCUGUGAUAUUCUCUGAGCGCUGAUACAGUAACAGUCAUCUUGUUUCCUUAUGGCCGCCGUUAUCUGAUGCCAGGGGCAAAUAUGACUAUUCAUGAGAUACGCCCAUUUUUUUUUUUUUUUUCCGGCUUGUCUCGGCUCCUGUCGCUCCCACUCGGCCAUUGAAUGGUUUUCUCGGCUUGUUCCUGAGGAAAUAUGACUAGAAACCCGUUUUUUGCGUCUUUUUGAUGAUGUCGGACAAGGUCCGACAUUGGACCGGAUAGGAAUAAUUGCAAUGUCGGACUAGGUCCGACAUAGGACCGCAAAGGGUUAAUCCCGUUGCUUUUACGUUUCCUGAAGGAUCUUCAAACAAUGUUCAUGAAGCGGAGAUUUCAGCUACAAUUCCCUGCAAAGCACAGUCUUCAGAAUUUGGGUAUGAGAGUUGACGUGUAGACCGUUUUAAAAUGUAAGCCUGUCUGAAUGAUAAUUAGAGGUACGUUUUAACACUAGUUAAAAAGUCGUUGCCCCCGUUGUACGUGUGUGCGUGUGCGUGGAGGUCUUUAUACUUCUUGUAUGGUGCGAAAGAACAGAUACAUGAUGAGAAUAGUAAAAUGCCAUCAAGAACUGAAACCAUUUUGAUAAGAAAGAUACAUUUGAGAUUGCUUGUCUAAAGCUGCAGUAUAUGGCAUGCAAAGAUGAUAAUUUGUGAUGUUUGUGAUAAAAAUACAGUAUGGAUCGAGGACUCAGCAGGUACCUACAAAGCGGGCACCCUGUUGGUCAAUCUGUCAAGGCUAAGGGAUCAUUUCCCUGCUAGCUCUGCAUGAAUGCAAAUCCAGGUGAGCCAGAUUAAAUGCCUCUUCAUUGCACUGGCAAGCGGAUCACCGGUUUUAAAUCAUGCAGUAAAGGUAUCAGAGGGUUGUUUUAAAUAUGUAAGUAUCCUACAUUCCUUAUCUGGUCAUUAUUCUUUGUGAUUCUUGCUUUUCACCACAAGUGAUUAAUUACCACCCGGCUAAUUGCUUUCAUAUUCUCGCAUUUGGUUGUCAUGGGAAAUAAUAACAAUUAAAAAGCAAUUUAUAUGAACAGUAGCUUUAGCUAACAGGAGAGUUUUCUCACUAUACAGUAUUUGACAAAAAUAAUAUUCUAUGAAAAACUUCUAAACACACAGGGGCCCUCCAAUGCCCAGUAUGUGCUAUUUUGGAACUGUGUAUAUGUACUGCAGGCUUGGAAACUGUCACUGCAGUGUUGUAUACCAAAGGGUCCUAAAGUUGCAUAUAAUUUCCACUUCUGAAAACAGCAUCCUAGCAAUGCCUGUAGACUAAGUGAACGCGGGUGUGGUGCUGCAGGCUAACUCACUCGUCAUGCCCUGGAGGUCUGGAGGUCUGAAUUAAGCUCAUGUCUCAAGAGUUUGGACAGUGGACAUUAAUAUAAUCUACAUCACAAAGCCAGCACACAUAUUUGGCACAUUCUGGCACAAUUGCUUGAGGAUGGCCCAGGACAGGGGGUGCUCAUGUCAGGAUUGAGGUUCUCUCUCUAUCUCUGUGAAGAUAGCUCUCAUGGUGCCUGCCUGCUGAGCCACUGUCCUUCCCCUUUCGUAAGCACUAAAUAAAAAAUAAAAAUAAAUACAUCUUUGCAUUGGUUGCAAAUAAUUCCCAUAUUCACAAAUGUCCAUGUGGUUCUCUCGGUCCCUUGUAUUGAAGAGAUUUCCAGUUUGUGUUAAUUAUCUUGAAUACUGUAAUAGUCCAAACCUUGACAUUCAUGUAGAAAAGCCUCUAUAAGUUAUAUAUAUACACAUGUAAUGAUGUUCUUUUUAACCUACAUUUUCUAUUUCCACCUAAACUGAACACUGUUCCGUUUGUUUAAGGAGACUACAUUUCUCAGCAAAUUAAAAAAAAGGAAAAGUGAAGUUAGUGCCAUUUUCCAGUCCAGUAUAUUGCAGCUUUGGAACGCCCAUUUCUUGCUUGAUUGUAUAAGUGCAUGUUUUAGCCUCUGCUCUCAUCAGUGUAAAACUAAUUUGCUAUUUUAUAAAUUGCCUUUGUGCCAUUCGAUUUGUACAUAAAACAUUUUAUUAUUGACUUUUUAAACAAAGAAAAAAAAACUUCUGGUAUAUAGGCGUAGCAAGUUUUCUGUAACUUAGACAGUAGGUGGUUUUUAGAGGUAGGAACUUAUUGCUUGCUAACAAAAAAGGCUUCUUUUUUCCCAAACAAUUCAGAUUGCAUGGUCCAUGUCUCAUCUCGGCGUGGUCACAGUAGAGUGAUAGUUCUUCUUUCAUGGAUGAAUGUGCAUGCUUUCCAAACAUUAGAUGAACGACACAGAUAAGAGUUUGGGAGUUUGUGCCUCCAUUUAACUCCAUUUAAAUUGAUGGAUGCUGAUAUCACAAGUCAAUGCCCGUCCCUUUGUGGGUUCAUUGAAGGAAAACAAAUAUAAUUUAAAGGAAAAACUGAAACUUUUAUAAAUGCCCUGUCUCUUCACACAAAUGUAAUAUAUUAGUAAGUAUGUUCUGUAAGCAGAACAGCACAGAACCACUGUGUGUACAAUCUCCCCAUGAAGAAGACACUUCAUCUGUGUGACCUUGCAUUUCUACUUCAGAUUUGUAUUCAAUUCAAUGUAUAUUUGCAACAUGUGUGUUGUAAUAUCAAAACCAUUAAAUUUGGUUACAAAUAA